AUGAAGCUCUCUUAUAUAUUCACAUUCGCUGCAACGGCAGCAGCAGCAGCUCUGAACCAUGCUUCCGCAUCCCCAGCUGCUUUAUCCGACGUAACAAUCUUCAACCCACCGACAGACUACAAUCUUCCCCGAACUCUCUAUGCUCGCACAAUCGAGCUCCCAAAUGGUGACCUGCUCUCAACAUGGGAGAAUUACUCCCCAGAGCCACCCCUAGUCUACUUCCCAAUCUACCGCUCUCAAGACUACGGUAAAACCUGGAAGGCCUACUCCAAUGUCACUGACAAGGCCAACGGAUAUGGCUUGCGCUACCAGCCAUUCCUGUACUAUCUCUCUGAGUCUAUCGGCUCCUUCAAGGCUGGAACCAUUUUGCUUGCGGGCAACAGUAUUCCGGAGGACCUCUCCACCACGCACAUCGAUUUGUAUGCUUCGCACGAUAGCGGUCUUACCUGGGACUUUGUAAGCCACAUCGCAAGUGGCGGUGAAGCUGUCCCAGAUAACGGACUGACACCUGUUUGGGAACCUUUCCUUAUGACUUAUAACGGCAAACUGAUCUGCUAUUACUCGGAUCAGCGCGACAACGCGACCUACGGACAAAAGCUCGUUCACCAAGUUUCCUACGACUUGAAGAAAUGGGGUCCUGUCGUUGACGACGUUGCCUACCCAACAUACACUGAUCGUCCGGGAAUGCCAACUGUGGCAUUACUUCCAAACGGGAAAUACAUUUUCAUGCACGAGUACGGCUCAUUCUUCAACACGUCAGACUACUCUUUCCCCGUCUACUACCGCAUCGCCUCAAACCCGGAGGAAUUUAAUUCCGCUGAAGGAAUUCAAUUAAUCACCACAGAGGGUACGAAGCCUACAUCCGCGCCUUAUGUGGUCUGGACCUCGUACGGUGGUAAGCACGGUACUAUCAUUGCGAGUGCGCAGUCCUCUUCUUCUAUCUUUGUGAAUCAGGCUCUUGGUGAGGGUGAGUGGACAGAGGUUGCCUCGCCAGAGGUUGCUGCUUAUUCGAGAUCUUUGAGGGUUUUGGCUGGAGAUGGAAAUUGGUUGGUUCUUACUGGCGGUGGUGACUCUGCUUCUACGACGGAUAAUUUGGUUAGUGUCAGUGUUAUGAAUUUGAAG